AUGGGAGACUCGACACCAAAAAAGCUGACCGUGCAAGAAUCCUUCGUUGGAUCCAUCGAUCAAGGUACCACGAGCACGAGAUUCUUGAUUUUCAACAAGGAGGGGGAGCCUGUAGCUUCACACCAAAUUGAGUUCGGCCAGUUUUAUCCUAAUCCAGGAUGGCAUGAGCAUGACCCGGUCGAGAUCAUAAAGUCCAUCGAGAGUUGCAUCGAAGGAGCAGUUGAAGCGUUUGAGAUCCAAGGCCACUCUGCCAAAGCCAUCAAAGCUGUUGGCAUCACUAGUCAGCGAGAAACCACUGUUGUUUGGGAUGCUGACACCGGAGAGCCAUUACACAAUGCAAUUGUCUGGACAGACACAAGAACUCAAGCGCUAGUUCGGCGGUUGAAAACCCGGCUUGGGGCUGACAAGUUACAAGACCUUUGUGGUCUUCCCUUGUCCACAUACCCCUCAGUUGCGAAGCUGUUAUGGUUGAUUGAGAAUGUACCAAAGGUUUCUGAAGCGUAUGAGAGGGGAAAGCUUUCCUUCGGAACCAUCGACGCGUGGGUGGUGUACAACCUGAAUGGAGGUCCCAAGAAGAAUGUUUUCGUGACUGAUUCUACCAAUGCUUCACGAACCAUGUUUAUGAACAUACAUACGCUCCAAUAUGACGAGCAACUCCUUGACUUCUUUCGCAUCGACAGAAAAAAGCUACAACUCCCCGAAAUUACCCGCUCAUCUCACCCUACAGCAUAUGGCACUCUCACUACUGGAGUCCUAAGCGGUGUUCCUAUUACAGGUUGUCUUGGUGACCAAUCGGCAGCGCUUGUAGGCCAAAAGGGGUUCUCUCCUGGCAGAGCAAAGAACACCUACGGAACAGGAUGCUUCCUCCUUUAUCAUGUAGGGGAUAAACCAGUUAUCUCGAAACAUGGCCUCCUAACCACCGUCGCUUAUGACUUCGAUGGAACUCCUCAAUACGCUCUUGAAGGAAGUAUAGCUGUUGCAGGAUCUAGCGUCAAGUUCCUCCAGAACAACUUGAACUUCAUCGAGUCAUCCAAAGAAAUCAGCCAAUUGGCCGAAACUGUGCCGGAUAGCGGAGGCUGUGUCUUUGUAACGGCAUUCAGCGGCCUCUUUGCGCCGUACUGGAUAGAUGACGCACUUGGAACUAUUUUUGGAAUCACCCAUUACACCCAGAAAGGUCACAUUGCACGAGCAACCUUGGAAGCCACUUGCUUCCAGACAAAGGCUAUUUUGGACUCUAUGCAGAAGGACAGUGGAAAGGCGCUUGCUGAGCUCGCGGUUGAUGGGGGAAUGACCAAUUCCGAUCUCUGCAUGCAGACACAAGCUGAUCUCAUCGGCAUUCCGGUCGAGCGCCCCCGCAUGCUCGAGACCACUGCUCUUGGCGCCGCCAUCGCCGCCGGGUUUGCAGUUGGUGUUUGGGAAAGUUUCGACGAGCUUAAGAACAUCAACACCGCCGAUAUGACAACUUUCGUACCCAAGAUCGACGCCGCCGAGAGGGAUCAGAGAUUUGGGAAGUGGGAGAAGGCGGUCCAGAUGUGCAAAGGUUGGGUGUAG